GCGACAUCUUCUUUUCUCCCUUUGCCCAUACUUGAAUCAUUCACUUAUGGAACAUAGUCAAGAAUCCAAGGACGAAAUUGAAAAAGCUGUCAUCGAAGAGAGAAGCAAACCCCUGCCUCGAGUCGAGGCUCAAAAAUGGGCGAAAUCUCACCCGGAUACUACCUGCAAAAUAUGCAAAGAACAUAACCUCCCUUGUGCACCCCUAGAAAGCCGUGUUCAUUGCAAUACUCCGGCCUGCCGAAAUUCGGACAAGGCUUGCAGUAAAUAUGACGAUGAACUGUUCAAAAGGAUCGUCGGGCGGUUCCCUUCUCUCCAGCGAUCGGCAUUCGAUGAGAUCCUAUCUCGAUUGCCGCCUCUUUCACUUUCGGAUUUGAAUCCAGCAUUAGUUGCUGCAAGGACCUCGUCGGCACCAGAGCCGUCCCCCAAUAAGAGUACGGUUUCGUUCAAACAAAAGACGCCUCCCACAAAUCCAGCUCCUGAUUCUGCAUCCGAAGCAGCACAGCUACCCCCGAAUUUCAAUCCUCAUGCAUUUUAUGUUGGAUACUCAGUAUCUUCAACGGAGCCAACAUUGGAUCCCAAUCUUCAGUCGAGCUUUUUCGACCCAAGCCAAGUGCAGGUGUUGGCCCAGAAAAUAACUGACCUUCUGGAGGAAAAUGGUGCAUUGAAGGCCAAACUCGAGGAGGCAAACUCUGCUGAAGCUGUUUUGAAUGAUUCAAACCAAAAUCUGGAGAAAGUAAAGGCCGAUACCGAGACGAUGAUUCAAGGUUUGCGCGAGGCACUGGAAAGAACAGAGGCCGAACAUAAGGGUAUGGUGUUUUCGAACAUAGAAUGAUGCGUUCAAGUUGUAUGUGUUGACCUUCAUAUUUAUCCCAGCUGCCGACAUGCGGACGCGCGAGGCAACAAUUCUGAAAGAAGGGCUUGAAAAAGGUAUAGUGAUGCUCGUAAAUUGGGGGAGGAAGGUAACCGGUCUCUUGUGUAUAGCGUUGAAAGCGGAAUUGGAAGCAUCCAAAGAGCAAAUAGAGACGAUCCAGAAGCAGCUUGAAGGUAAUCCUCAUCCC